AACAACAACAACAACGACAACGACAACGACAUCGACAUCGACAACAACAUCAACAACGACAACGACAUCGCACCUCACUCACAUCAAAGCAACCAUGGACAAACUCUCGGCAGAAGAGAAGCAGCACUAUCGAGAUGCCUUUUCCGUCUUUGACAAAAAUGGCGAUGGCGAAAUCUCUGCCGCCGAGCUCGGCGAUGUCAUGCGCUCUCUGGGUUUGAAACCCACCGAUGGAGAGCUCCAAGACAUGUUACACGAAGUCGACUCGGAUAACUCGGGAACAAUUGAUAUCAACGAAUUCCUGGCUCUCAUGUCUCAUGUGGGCUCUGCGCAAGACACGGAAGAUGAAUUGCGCAACGCGUUUCACGUCUUCGAUAAGGAUGGUUCGGGAACUAUUUCCGCUUCGGAGAUGCGUGAGGUGUUGAAGACGCUGGGAGAGGAUCUUUCCGAGAAGGAGAUUAAUGAGAUUAUGAGUGCGGCUGAUACGGAUGGGGAUAAGAGCAUUGAUUUCGAGGAGUUCAAGAAGAUCAUGCAGGAUCCUAAGCUGUCAUAAUUGGGAGGGAGAAAAAAGUAGGCGGAGCUACUCUGUUUCUCUCUCAAGAAGAUCGAAACUGGCGUUCUACUGGUAUUGCAUUCUCAUUGCCUCCAUUUCCCCAUCACACACAGAGAGAGGGGGAAGGGAGAGAGAGAGAAAGAAAGACUUUCGGCAAGUCUUACAAGUCAAAUCAGAUAUUCUAGAUACCCAACCCAUCUAUCGACUGCAGAC